AUGGAGAUUGACAGCGUUGAACCUACCAUUGACGAAGGACUUUAUUCUCGCCAACUUUAUGUGCUUGGCCACGAUGCUAUGAAAAAAAUGGGCACCUCCAACGUUCUUAUCGUUGGUUUAAAAGGACUUGGUGUUGAGAUAGCCAAGAAUAUAAUUCUUGCUGGAGUGAAGAGUGUUACACUCUAUGAUCCGGAACCAGUAAAAAUCUGCGAUCUAUCAACUCAGUUCUAUCUAAGAGAAGAGGAUAUUGAUAAAUCACGAGCAGCUUCAACAGCUCCUCGUUUGGCAGAAUUGAAUCAAUAUGUUCCCGUUCAUGUACUGGAAGGAGAUUUAACAAAUGAAAAGUUAAAAGAUUAUCAGGUGGUUGUAUUGACGGAAACUACAUUAAAACGUCAAUUAGAGAUUAAUGAUUUUACACAUAAUAACGGAAUUAGUUUUAUCUCAACAACUGUUCGCGGUCUUUUUGGAACUAUUUUCAAUGAUUUUGGUGAAAAUUUUGUCGUGUCUGACACAACCGGCGAAAAUCCAUUAUCGGGGAUGAUUGCAGCAGUCAGCAAGGAGACAGAUGGAAUUGUUACAUGUCUUGAUGAAACGAGACAUGGUCUAGAAGAUGGCGAAUACGUCACUUUCUCGGAAAUUAAUGGCAUGGCUGAAUUAAACAAUUGUGAACCAAGACAAAUCAGAGUACUGGGUCCUUAUACAUUUACUAUUGGGGAUACUUCGAACUUUGGCGAUUAUAUUAGUGGGGGAACAUUUACUCAAGUCAAGCAACCAAAGAAGCUAUCAUUUAAAUCGCUUAGAGCAGCAUUAAAAACCCCCGAAUAUCUCGUUUCAGAUUGGGCAAAAUUUGACAGAUUGUCUCAGUUGCACAUAGGUUUUCAGGCACUUCAUAAAUUCACAGAAAAACACGGGUCGCUUCCACGCCCACGUAAUGAAUCUGAUGCCGACGAAUUAUUUAAAUUAGCCAAUUCUAUCAAUGAUCAACUUGAAGAUAAAGCCGAGUUCGAUGAGAAGUUAAUUAAACAACUAGCAUAUGGUGCUGCAGGCGAUUUAUCUCCUAUGGUUGCUGUAUUUGGUGGCUUGGUAGCUCAAGAAGUUUUGAAAGCUUGUAGUGGAAAGUUUCAUCCUAUUUAUCAAUUCUUUUAUUUCGAUUCUCUGGAAUCUUUGCCAACUAGUGUAACUCUUACCGAAGAAUCUUGUCGUCCGAUUGGGUCGCGUUAUGAUGGACAAAUAGCUGUAUUUGGCAAAGAAUUCCAGGAAAAAAUCGCCAAUUUCAGAGAAUUCUUGGUUGGUGCUGGAGCCAUUGGCUGCGAAAUGCUCAAAAAUUGGGCUAUGAUGGGAUUAGGGACAGGUGCAAGAGGUUCCAUUCAUAUUACAGAUAUGGAUACGAUCGAAAAGAGCAAUCUUAAUCGGCAGUUUUUGUUCCGUCCUGAAGAUGUCGGGAAAUUAAAAUCGGCGACAGCAGCAGCAGCGAUUGGGAAAAUGAAUCCAGAUGCUAAGGGAACAAUUAUUGCUCAUGAGGAUCGCGUUGGUGUAGAAACAGAAAACGUCUAUAAUGACGAGUUCUUUGAAUCGCUCGAUGGUGUCACCAAUGCAUUAGACAAUGUUGAUGCUCGUAAAUAUAUGGAUCGACGUUGUGUUUAUUUCAGAAAGUCAUUAUUAGAAUCCGGAACAUUAGGUACCAAGGGUAACACACAAGUUGUCAUCCCCUAUUUAACGGAAUCAUAUUCAUCAUCUCAGGAUCCACCGGAAAAAUCCAUUCCACUUUGUACACUAAAGAACUUCCCUAAUGCCAUUGAGCACACUAUUCAAUGGGCGCGUGAAUUAUUUGAAGGGCUUUUCAAACAGCCUGCAGAAAAUGUGAAUCAAUAUCUAAGUCAACCCAAUUUCGUAGAAUUAACUAUGAAACAAGGAGCUAAUCAGAAGGAUAUAUUGGAGGGUAUUCGAAAUUUCUUGGUUACUGCAAAACCAUUAAGUUUCGAUGAGUGCAUAGCGUGGGCGAGACUCCGCUUUGAAGAACUCUAUAAUAAUAAUAUUCAGCAGCUUUUAUUCAAUUUUCCCAAAGAUUCUAUUACAUCUUCUGGAACAUUAUUCUGGUCGGGACCAAAACGUGCCCCAACUCCAAUCAUUUUUGAUCCUGAAAAUGAAUCCCAUUUAGAUUUCAUUGUUGCUGCCGCUAAUCUUCAUGCAUUUAAUUAUGGCCUUAAGGGUGAAUCGAAUCGUGAAUAUUUCAAACGUGUUGUAAGUAAUGUUAUUGUUCCUGAAUUUACACCCAAACAAGGCGUGAAAAUUCAAGUUCAAGAAAACGAAACGAUUCAACAAGCUUCAGCCAACGAGCAAGAAUUGCAAGAAAUAAUUUCAUCUCUGCCAUCGUCUUCAACAUUAGCUGGCUUCCGACUGAAUCCAGUCGAGUUUGAGAAAGAUGACGACACAAACUUCCACAUCGACUUUAUUACAGCGGCGUCCAAUCUACGAGCAGAUAAUUAUGUAAUUCAACCAGCAGAUCGUCUUAAAACGAAAUUUAUUGCCGGAAAAAUUAUACCAGCUAUUGCCACCACGACAGCGUUGGUUACCGGUUUGGUCUGCUUGGAAUUAUACAAGAUUAUCGACGGGAAAAAUAAAUUGGAAGACUAUAAAAAUGGAUUUGUUAAUCUUGCAUUGCCAUUCUUUGGCUUUUCUGAGCCAAUUGCUAUGCCGAAAUACAAGUAUCAUGAGACUGAAUGGAGUCUGUGGGACCGAUUUGAUAUCCAAGGCGAUCUCACAUUACAAGAAUUCAUAGACUAUUUCGCAUCUAAACACCAACUAGAAAUUACAAUGUUAUCAUGUGGUGUCAGCAUGCUUUACUCUUUCUUUUUACAAGGCAAGAGAAAAGAGGAACGCAAAAAUAUGAAAAUGUCGAAAUUAGUAGAAUUAAUAUCCAAAAAACCAAUUCCUCCUCAUGUAAAAGCUCUCACAUUAGAGAUGUGUGUAAAUGAUCGCGAAAACGAAGAUGUAGAGGUUCCGUAUGUUAGACUAGUCAUUAGAGAAUGA